AUGGACACAGUUUCAAGCUCAAUAUGUCGAGCUUGCCGGCAGUGUUUGAUCAAGCCUGCGCCAUAUCGAGCUUUCAGCUCAUCCUCUCCUCGCGCAUAUAUCCCACCCGAGUCUCCUGCCUUUGUCGAUGUCCCAGAGCCACUCCAAACAAUUCGAGACUCUCAAGCUCGACCAAAGGGUAUUCUUCCUGUACCUCGCGAGCUUUUCCCGUCACGGCGGCCCGACAAACCUGGCCAGCAAUACCUGGACAAUGUUACGCCUGAUCCGCUUCCCAAGAACAUCCCCCCUCCCGAUCAUCUGACCGAGACGGGGAAAUACAAACGGCGCAUGGCCGAACUGAGAAAGACUCAUCUACGCUCAGCGCUGAAAGAAUUACACACCCGGAAAACGUCGAUCGACACGACCAUUGCUGCUCGCAGUGCUGCCAAACAGCGCGAACGGGCCCGACUCCUGUCACAGGCCGAGCGAGAAGACGUCCGUCUCACCAACGUUUCUGUCCCCAGCGCAAUGCGUCCGCAAAAAAUUCACGAGCUGUCAAUUGAAGAAGAGCUCGCCAACUAUAACGCCCGGAAAGCCGCAUAUGAAGCUCGCCUCGCGGCAAAACACGAAGAUCGUCUCGACAAACUUCAUACACUGUACAUGAAUUCACGAACGUUCAUCACCGAUAGGGAACAGCUCAGUGCGGCUAUUGAAAAGGCAUUCACCACCACAGGAAGCAUCUGGAGGAAGGAUGGAAGGCCAGAUACAGUGGAAGAGAUGAUCAAGCGCGGAAGGGACAGGACUGCAGACCAGGGACGAGGUGGCAUGAUGUUGUUCAGCGAUGUCAAUGAACGUGCACUCAAGGAUCAAGAGAGGAUGAAGAAGAUUGCAGAGAAAUUGAGCGGUGGAAAGCUGUGA